AGAAAUGGCAGCGCACUUUUGCCCUCCCCACUUCCUCGUCCUUUCUACACGUCUCUACCACACAGUGUACACGUCUAGUGCAUAUGACUGUGUGAUCCACACACUCAGUUCGUACAACUGACAUUCAUUCGACCCGAAAGAUUCCAGUUUCGCAGCCGCAUCUCUCCACAGCAUCCCCCAACGACAACAACAACAACAUAAAGAAACGGUGAAACGAUUACAGUGCACAAUUAUCAGAGAAUCUCUACUUGCAAGAUAGCCAACAUGAACGUGCUACCGAUGCAACUGCAGACCUACGAGGCCAACUCGCACUUGGAUCACAUGUGCACGUUGGAUGUCAGCUCGAAGACGGCUUUCGUCAGACAAUCCGGAAUCAUCUGCACGAUCGGUCCGGCUUCCAGAGAUGUCUGCAUGCUCGAGAAGAUGAUGGAGACGGGAAUGAACAUUGCCCGUUUGAAUUUCUCGCACGGAUCGCACGAGUACCACGCGGAGACCAUCGUGAAUUUGAGGGCGGCCGCGGCGAAUUACAGCAGGAAGUUGGGUAUGCUUUACCCGUUGGCGAUCGCACUCGAUACCAAAGGACCGGAGAUUCGUACGGGUCUUCUGGAAGGGGGUGGAAGCGCUGAGGUUGAACUGAAGAAGGGAGACACGAUUAAAUUGUCCACGGACAAGGCGUACAUGGAGAAGGGAAACGCGCAAACGAUCUACGUGGAUUACGAUAAUAUUCAGAAGGUGGUGCAGGUGGACAAUAAGAUCUACAUCGAUGACGGUCUCAUCUCGCUCGUGUGCACCGGCAUCCAAGGAUCGACUGUGAUUUGUACCAUCGAGAACGGUGGAAUGCUGGGAAGCAGGAAGGGCGUUAAUUUGCCCGGUGUGCCUGUGGAUUUGCCAGCAGUUUCCGAGAAGGAUCGUUCCGAUAUUCAGUUCGCUAUUGAUCAGGAGCUGGACAUCAUCUUCGCGUCGUUCAUCCGUGACGCUUCUGCAUUGACGGAUAUCCGUUCGUUGCUCGGCGAGAAGGGAAAGAACAUCGUCGUCGUGUCGAAGAUCGAGAAUCAGCAGGGGAUCGACAAUUUGGAUGAGAUCAUCAAGGCUUCCGAUGGUAUUAUGGUGGCCAGGGGAGAUCUGGGCAUCGAGAUACCGACGGAGAAGGUGUUUCUGGCGCAAAAGUCGAUGAUCGCAAGGUGCAACAGGUUCGGUAAGCCGGUAAUCUGCGCGACGCAGAUGCUCGAGUCGAUGGUGAAGAAGCCGAGGCCGACGAGGGCCGAGAGUUCGGACGUCGCGAACGCUAUCUUGGACGGUGCGGAUUGCGUUAUGCUCUCUGGUGAGACGGCCAAGGGCGAUUAUCCUCUGGAAUGCGUGCUCACGAUGGCCAACAUCUGCAAGGAGGCGGAAGCUGCCAUCUGGCAGAAGCGUCACUUCACCGAUCUGGUGAACAUGGCCAUCGCUCCCGUGGACGUGGCGCACACAAUCGCGAUCGCCGCCGUCGAGGCUUCCGCGAAAUGCCUCGCCUCCGCGAUCAUCGUGAUCACGACGUCCGGCCGUUCCGCUCACCUCAUCUCCAAGUACAGACCCAGGUGUCCGAUCAUCGCGGUCACUCGCGUACCGCAAACCGCACGACAGGCGCAUCUCUUCAGGGCCAUCCUUCCACUCGUCUACACUGAGCCCAAAAACCAGGAUUGGCUGAAGGACGUGGACUCGCGCGUCAACUUCGGCAUCCUCCACGGCAAGGCCAAAGGAUUCAUCAACACCGGAGAUCCGGUCAUCGUCGUGACUGGCUGGAAGCAGGGCUCCGGCUUCACAAACACCCUCCGCAUCGUCCAUGUGGAAUAGUUGAAGGAAAUCAGCAAGGAUUUACUUGAAGGCGCUUUCUAUAUCAACGAAACUUAUUUGUUGGGUAACCAUUUUGUGUAACUUAAGUAAUUUAAAUAAAUUAUUUUCUAAGUAAAA